AUGUAUCGUGGAUCACCAACUAAACUUCAUAAUCAUGUAUCGCGUCUUUUAAAAGGUGGUAUAUACAAAACUCCACCAACAUGGUAUCCAGUAAUGAAAUUAUAUCCACCUGGACCUAGCAUUCUUCGAUCUCCUCUUCAAUUCGUGGAUCCCUUGUUAACGGAUAAUAAUAAACGCAAAGAUGACACAUCAAAAAAUUUAAAAACAAAAAUUCCUCGUCCACCAAAGAUCGAAUUUCCCGAGGAUAGAUUGCGUAAACGGUUUUAUAAAGAUCAUCCUUAUGAAUUAUUAAAACCUCAAACAUUGUUGGAGAAUAAAUUUUCAAACAGAGAAAAUUGGGAAUCACUGCUGGGUAAUAAACAUCCUUCUCAAGUGACUGGCGAAAGUGUAAUUAAAUACCAGCUUCAUCUUAUAUCUAAGGGAAUGUCUGAACGUGAGGCUUAUGCAAAAGCAUGUAAUGAAUUUUAUGAAAUUCGAGCAAGACAAGAAGUUGCUGAACGUGUUGCUGAAGAACAGGCAUUGGCAUUCGGUGCAAAACGUAAUUUAUCACAAGUAGAAAAGGCAUUAUGGUUGGAAAAAGAGAAUAUCAAAAAAUGCCCACCACAAAUAACUCAAAUGUCAAGACCAGCUUCUUAA